AUGAUGCAGGAAAUUCACGAUCACGAAUUCAAACUGGAAGAUGGCGUUGUUCUGAUUAGAGGUACGGACAUUGAAACCAUCUAUGCCGUAACGCCAGAGGAUCAUCCACUUCGAGCUAUGGCCACGCAGGCUGCAGUCUUUGCUACGGUUGAGUCUGAUAAAGCUCCUGAGUCCGACGACGACGACUCUGAUCUCGAUGAUGAUGAUUCUGAGCAUGGUGAUGACGAUCCAGAUAAUGAGAAUUUUGGUGCUGGCCCCGAGGACGACUCGGAUGAUGAGAAUGAUGACCACUCCCGUGCGGACUCAUACGGCAUGACAGUACUUUCAAUUAGCACUCUUGAUCUUAAUGAUACCGGUGCUGAUAUAGACGAGGACGAUGAGGAAGAUAGUCACUCCCAUGCAGACUGGUACGGUACCCAAGUACUGGAAAACGACGGGCUUGACCUCGUGGAAGACGAUGAAGAGGAUGAGGAGAAUAGCCAGUUCCUUACAGUCUCGUCCGGUACCACAGUUGUACAAAACGACAGUUUCGAUAUUGAAGAUAUCACUUUUGAACUUCAAAGCAUUCUUCUUGAUUACGAGAUCUUUACUCUUGAUCUCGAGAUCUUUAUUCUGAAUCUUGAGAGUGGCAAUCUUGAUCCCGAGGAAGGUGAUUCGGAUGAUAACGAGAAUCAUGCAGUUCUUGAGGAAGAAGAUUCGCAUGUCGAUGAGGUCGAAGAUCCUGAUCCUGAGGAGGAAGAUACGAAUGUUGAAGAGGACGAAGUUUCUAAUCUUGAGGAGGAGGAUUCGGAUGAUGACGGUCUCAGCCACUACAGCAAAGACUCGUACGGUACGCCAGUUCCCAAGAAGGUGAACAAGCCGUAUUGGAAACAGAAAAGAGACAUUCCAGGAUUUGUUGACGAUUUCGCUGCCUGUUUUGAGCGAAUGACCAGCAGAUACGACUUGCUGGAGCAGGAUUUCGGUGACUAA